CGUCUCGGGGUUCGGAGCGGCCGGACCCUCAGCGGGCUGUGGUCUAGGGGGGCCGGAGCGGCGAGGCCCCCCUGGCCGGGCUGCGUGGGCCGCUCGGGGCCCCGGGCUGAGAAGGGGCCGGAGCGGCGCCCCGGCCGCCCGCGCGGGGUCUCCCCCAUGGUGCAGCGGGGUUCGGGAUGUCGAAGACGCUGAAGAAGAAGAAGCACUGGCUCAGCAAGGUGCAGGAGUGCGCGGUGUCCUGGGCCGGGCCCCCGGGCGACUUCGGCGCCGAGAUCCGGGGAGGCGCCGAGCGCGGCGAGUUCCCCUACCUGGGGCGGCUCCGCGAGGAGCCCGGCGGGGGCACCUGCUGCGUCGUCUCGGGCAAGGCGCCCAGCCCCGGGGAUGUGCUGCUGGAGGUGAACGGGACGCCUGUCAGUGGGCUCACCAACCGGGACACCCUGGCUGUCAUCCGCCACUUCCGCGAGCCCAUCCGUCUCAAGACGGUGAAGCCAGGGAAAGUGAUUAAUAAAGAUUUGCGACAUUACCUGAGUCUUCAGUUUCAGAAAGGAUCAAUUGACCACAAACUGCAGCAAGUGAUCAGAGAUAAUCUCUACUUGAGAACCAUUCCAUGCACUACAAGGGCCCCCAGGGAUGGGGAAGUUCCAGGGGUGGACUAUAAUUUCAUUUCUGUUGAACAGUUCAAAGCACUGGAAGAGAGUGGAGCAUUGUUAGAAAGUGGAACUUAUGAUGGAAACUUCUAUGGAACUCCCAAGCCUCCAGCAGAACCCAGCCCUUUCCAGCCAGAUCCAGUUGAUCAGGUCCUCUUUGAUAAUGAGUUUGACACAGAAUCCCAAAGAAAACGAACAACAUCUGUCAGCAAGAUGGAAAGAAUGGACAGCUCUCUUCCUGAAGAGGAAGAAGAUGAAGACAAGGAUGCUAUUAAUGGCAGUGGAAGCACAGAAAACAGAGAGAGGCAUUCUGAGUCAUCUGACUGGAUGAAGACUGUUCCAAGUUAUAACCAAACAAAUAGCUCCGUGGACUUUAGAAAUUAUAUGAUGAGAGAUGAGACUCUGGAACCACUACCCAAAAACUGGGAGAUGGCCUAUACUGACACGGGGAUGAUCUACUUCAUUGACCACAAUACCAAGACGACCACCUGGUUGGAUCCUCGUCUCUGUAAAAAAGCCAAAGCCCCUGAAGACUGUGAAGAUGGAGAACUUCCUUAUGGCUGGGAGAAGAUAGAGGACCCUCAGUAUGGGACAUACUAUGUUGAUCACCUUAACCAGAAAACCCAGUUUGAAAAUCCGGUGGAGGAAGCCAAAAGGAAAAAGCAGUUAGGACAGGCUGAAAUUGGGUCUUCAAAACCAGAUGUGGAAAAAUCACACUUUACUCGAGAUCCAUCCCAACUUAAAGGUGUCCUUGUUCGAGCAUCACUGAAAAAAAGCACAAUGGGAUUUGGUUUUACCAUUAUUGGUGGAGAUAGGCCUGAUGAGUUCCUACAAGUGAAGAAUGUGCUUAAAGAUGGUCCUGCAGCCCAGGAUGGGAAAAUUGCACCAGGUGAUGUUAUUGUAGACAUCAAUGGCAACUGUGUCCUUGGUCACACCCAUGCAGAUGUUGUCCAAAUGUUUCAGUUGGUACCUGUCAAUCAAUAUGUAAACCUCACUUUAUGUCGUGGAUAUCCACUUCCUGAUGACAGUGAAGAUCCUGUUGUGGAUAUUGUUGCUGCUACCCCAAUAAUCAAUGGACAGUCAUUAACCAAGGGAGAGACUUGCAUGAAUACUCAGGAUUUUAAGGCAGGAGCAAUAGUUCUGGACCAGAAUGGAAAAUCUGGACAUAUCUUGACUAGUGAUCGUCUCAAUGGUGCAUCAGAUCCAAAUGAGCAGAGAGCAUCCAUGGCCUCAUCGGGCAGCUCCCAGCCUGAACUAGUGACCAUCCCUUUGAUUAAGGGUCCUAAAGGUUUUGGAUUUGCAAUUGCUGACAGCCCCACUGGACAGAAGGUGAAAAUGAUAUUGGAUAGCCAGUGGUGUCAAGGCCUUCAGAAAGGGGAUAUAAUUAAGGAAAUCUACCAUCAAAAUGUGCAGAAUUUAACACAUCUCCAAGUGGUAGAAGUGCUAAAACAGUUCCCAGUAGGUGCAGAUGUACCACUCCUUAUCUUAAGAGGAGGCCCCUCUUCACCAACUAAAACUGCCAAAAUGAAAACAGAUAAAAAGGAAAAUUCAGGAAGUUUGGAGACUAUAAAUGARCCCAUUCCCCAGCCUAUGCCUUUUCCACCCAGCAUUAUCAGAUCAGGAUCCCCAAAGUUGGAUCCUUCUGAGGUCUACCUGAAGUCUAAGACUUUAUAUGAAGAUAAACCACCAAACACCAAAGAUUUGGAUGUUUUUCUUCGGAAACAGGAAUCAGGGUUUGGCUUCAGGGUGCUGGGAGGAGAUGGACCUGACCAAUCUAUAUAUAUUGGUGCCAUUAUACCCCUGGGAGCAGCUGAGAAAGAUGGCCGACUCCGUGCAGCUGAUGAACUAAUGUGCAUUGAUGGAAUUCCUGUUAAAGGGAAGUCACACAAACAAGUCUUGGACCUAAUGACAACUGCUGCUCGAAAUGGCCAUGUGUUAUUAACUGUCAGAAGAAAGAUCUUCUAUGGAGAGAAACAACCUGAGGACGACAGCUCUCACGCCUUCAUUUCAACACAGAAUGGAUCUCCCCGCCUGAACCGACCAGAGGUCUCAGCCAGGCCUGCUCCCCAGGAGGCCUAUGAUGUUGUCUUGCAACGAAAAGAAAAUGAAGGAUUUGGUUUUGUCAUCCUCACCUCAAAAAAUAAACCACCUCCAGGAGUUAUUCCUCAUAAAAUUGGCCGAGUCAUAGAAGGAAGUCCAGCUGAUCGCUGUGGAAAACUGAAGGUUGGAGAUCACAUCUCUGCAGUGAAUGGACAGUCCAUCAUUGAGCUAUCCCAUGACAGCAUUGUUCAGCUGAUCAAAGAUGCUGGCAUCACUGUCACACUGACGGUGGUUGCUGAAGAAGAGCAUCAUGGUCCACCAUCAGGAACAAACUCUGCCAGGCAAAGCCCAGCACUGCAGCACAGGCCCAUGGGACAGUCACAGUUGGCCAACCACAUACCUGGGGACAGAAGUGCCCUAGAAGGUGAAAUUGGAAAAGAUGUCUCUGCUUCUUACAGACAUUCGUGGUCUGACCACAAGCACCUUGCACAGCCUGACACUGCAGUGAUUUCAGUUGUAGGCAGUCGGCACAAUCAGAGCCUUGGUUGCUACCCAGUAGAGCUGGAAAGAGGCCCCCGGGGCUUUGGGUUCAGCCUUCGUGGGGGAAAGGAAUACAACAUGGGGCUGUUUAUCCUUCGCCUUGCUGAGGACGGGCCUGCCAUCAAAGACGGCAGAAUUCAUGUUGGCGACCAGAUUGUUGAAAUCAACGGGGAACCUACACAAGGCAUCACACACACUCGAGCAAUUGAGCUCAUUCAAGCUGGCGGGAAUAAAGUUCUUCUUCUUUUGAGACCAGGAACAGGCUUGAUACCUGACCAUGGUUUGGCUCCUUCCGGUCUGUGCUCCUACGUGAAACCUGAGCAACAUUAAGGCUUUCAGGGCUUUUCUUGGUCUUUCCUUAAAAAGACUUGGUGAUUGGGAUAUUAAUAAUCCUUCAUCUUCCAAUGUGAUCUAUGAUGAACAGUCACCAUUUCCCCCAUCUUUACAUUCUGCUUCCAUAUUUGAAGAGUGUCACGUACCAGUAAUUGAAGAAUCUCUAACGAGAGUUCAGAUAUGUGAAAAGGCAGAAGAAUUAAAGGACACUAUACCUGAAAAGAAUAGCACUUUAUAUGAAAAUCAGCCUGAAAUAAAGCAUCAGUCUCUUCUCCAGAAAAAUGUGAACAAGAGGGAUUCAACCAAUAGUCCUGGGCACCGGAACAAGAAAAAUCUGAAAAUAGAAAAUGGUGUUACACAAAGAGGUAGAUCUGCUAGUCCCCAAAAGCCAGCUAAUCGUCAGUUAGAGGAACACAUGGAAAAAAAUCCAAGGCCUCUAAAAAAUGACCCCAGAAGGCAACCCAGAGAUCGAUCACUGAGCCCUAGGAAAGGGGAGAAUAAAAGUUGUCCGAUUAACACCAAGGCAGGUUCUGAACAGAACCAGUGCAGAAAAAGCAGAGGACGAUCUUCUAGCCCAAAGAAGCAGCAAAAACUUGAAGAAGGCAAAGACCCAGCAAAUGCUAGCGCCAAGUUAUUAGAGGGUGAGAGUCGAAGAUUAGCGGGCCACGCUGGCGACAAUACUGAACAGAUCCCAGAUGGGAAGGAAAAAUCAGGUGUCAUCAGGAAAGAGCUGAAGCAGAGUCCACUGGAAAAAAAUAGAACAAGGUCUCCAGAGAAAAAAAGCAAGAGAAUGGAUGAAAAGUCUCUUCCAUCCAAAAAGAAGGGUAACACUGCAGGUGGGGUAGGGUCUGAAAAUGAAAGAGGAAGGCAGGCAACCUCGGGAGAAACGCGCCCUGGUAAAGACAAAAUUGGAGAAAAUGGCCAACUAUCAGAAAAAAAGCUGAAGCAGGAACCUGAAGAUGAUCACAAAGGGAAAGAUCUAGAGGCGGCUGACAAACGCAAAGAAGGUGGAAGGGUCAAACCUGAGAGUAGCUCUCCAGUUAAGAAAGCACCCAUAACUCCAGGGCCCUGGAAAGUGCCAAGUGCAAAGAAAGUCACAGGCACUGCUGGUGUGGCCGAGAAACGGCUGUGACCGUUGGUGAAAACCAAAUUGAAAGAGCACUUUACCCCCUUCCCCACCUCAAAAGAUUUUUUUUUUGCCCCCCUUCAAGAAGUCAAAUACUUAGAUACAUUUUAAUUUGAGCAUCGAGCUACCUAAGCUGCAUGAAGGGCCUUUAGGAUUGCUAAGAACCAGCCUUCCCUGGCUGCCCUCCCUCACACUCAGGAAGGAGCUGCAUCUAGGCACUCCUCUGACAUGAUCUGCUCAGGCUGCCUGGCUCGUCUUCAUGAGUGUCUGAACAAAUGAUAUAUGUUGAUAUUAACGUGGUCACAACUCACACUGUAUUUGUGCCAAGUUACCUGCUGUAUCAUAUCUGUUUUAUCUUUCUCAUUCAGAUAUUUUCACAGUAAUGAAAAAAGUUAGGUUUGGCUUGGAAGUUGAUGUUCUCAAAUAGCAUGUUGCAUGUUUACAGAGAGAAAUAUUUGAGUCCUUGAAGAAGAGAUUGUUAGCUCAUCAUUAAAGACGGCAGUUGCCUCUUGUAACAGCUACCAAUGAUGUCCCAAUUUAAAAAUGAAACUCCAAAACAUCACUACUGUAAAAAAAAAAAAAAAAAAAAGGUCAGAUAUUAAUGCUUUCUCAUGACUUUAAUUUGGAUGGACAGGUGUUCCAAAUAACUGUUAAAGAUAUUACCUACAUAAAUUGAAUGUUCAAAAUGAGGAAGUUCUCUAAGCAAGAGUUCACCUCCUAUCCAACCCUGAUGUAGUUACAGCAUCUCAGGUCACCCUUAUCCCUCCCC